AUGAGUAAGCGUCUCCUUGCGUCGCAGCACCGAGCCGCGGGCGUCGCCGCUGCCCUGUUGCAGCAGCGCCGCUGGGUUACGCGGCUCUACACCUCCUACUACCCCGGCGAGUUGUACCCCAAUCAGCUUGUGCAGCCGAAACAGCGUCUACCAGCUGGCUUUGCUGCCAGCACAGUACUGAAGAAAGGAAUGGCCACAGAAAAAACGACGACACCGCCAAGUAGGAGUCAGACCUCAAAGAGUACUGGCGAAGUAGGAGAAGAAGAGACGCGUGGGGUUUCGUGGCGCGACGCCGGUAGCACAGAUGUCAUGCAUGCGCCAGAUGCGCGUCAGCUGCGUGAUACAGCCCCGGUGGUGGAGCGGCCGUACGUGCCGCUGGGUGAAGUGGCGAAGCUGGAGCUGCAGGGCGACUACUACAUGGAGGGUGGCCUCUUCCAGGAGGCACUUGAGCACUACGGCGUCGUUGCCAAGGCGUACGCCCUAGCGUACCCCGAAAACCAUUCGCAACGCGUUGGUAUCCUGUUGAAGCUGUCAGCUGCCUUCCGCCACGUUGGCCGCGCUGAGAGCAGUAGGGCAAACCUUGAGGACGCGCUGCGCAUGCUGGACGCGUCGAGCCGGCCGUCCCUCGAGCUCAUCUGCGAGGCACUACUGGAGGUCGGGCUGACGCGUGAGGCCUUGGAUGCGAAGCGGGAGGCAGCAGAGGCGUAUGAAGAGGCGGUGGAGGUGAUGAAUAUGUUCCAUAACUUGGGCGAAUCACAUAGGAUGCUGCGUCUGCUGCCGCGUCUUGGUCGACGCUUUAACCUCAACUACGAGGCCAAGUUUGUGUACUUCAGCCCGUUUGACUACGACCGCACCUUCGCCAUCGCAGACCAGUGUAUGGAGCGCGCCGAGCGGGUGCUCCGCGAGAUUGGGGAUCGUGAGGGGACGAUUCGUGUGCUGCAGCGGCGGAAGGAAAUGAUUGACAAGAAGUUCUUCAAUCUGCGUGACUUCGCCGGCCGGAUUCACACCAUGCGGGGCCACUGGAUGCGACGGGCACAGCACCUGACGAAUGCGCCCACGCCUGACGAGUUGCUGCGGUACUCGCCGACCAUCCACCAGGUACACCGCGACUUCAAGUACGAACUCACAGCGCCUAUUGGGCGCGAGAAGGAGGUGUUGCCUGGUGUCAAUCGUGUGGUGGUCGGCAUGGGCAACCCGUACCGAAAACGAGGGCGGUUGUCGAACAAGAUGUUGCGAGAUGCAGAUGGCAAUUUCGCCAAGUAUGUUCGGCAGCAAGAGUACAAUGAGUAG